UCCCUCGUUCGUUCGGCGUUUUGCUUUCGAAUCUUCGUUUCCAAUAUCGGAGAGGUUUCUUGUCUGUUGAAUUUGUAACUGUACGAAGCAGCUCGCGACUCAUACGUGAUUCUAAACGUCGCUUUUCGUAACUCUAUGGAAAUUCGUACGUUCGUUGUGUAUUCGUCAAAUUAACCAAGUUCGCGAGUAGGGUCAGCCAUAAUAAAGUCUUCGAGUCACUGCUUCCGGACGUAAGAGAAGGAAGCUAGGAGUGCAAAGGAUCGAGAUUCUGAGACAAAGGACUUAGGACAGCGAGAGCUAACCGGAGGAAGCAUGGAGGAGGGAUCAAAGGAGGAAGAGUGGCAGGUAGACGCAAUAAAAGCAAGCGAUUUCAUCGCGAAACUAAGACGAAGUAGACGGAAUCGAGAAUCGUACGACGAGAUCGCGGAACUAGAAGCGGAAUUGCGACGGGCUUACAUGGCGAAGGAGCUGCGCGUGCAGCUGAUAGAAAGGGAGACCGAGCGUUACAUCGCGAAUGUACGAAAACAACACGCGGCACAAGUGAUGCGAGAGGAGCAGCAGGCGGUCCUCGAGGACGAUCUUCAGCAAAGAUCGAUGAGCCGUAAGGAGUCGGAGGAUUACAGGAAGGAGCUGACGUCUCAGAUAAAACGGAAAGAAGAGGAGAAAAGUUUGAUGAUGGAGGAAGCUCGCCGCGAAAGGGAAAUCCUGACGGAAAUCGAUAGGAUAAGAGAGCACUGCGAGAGAUUUAGGACGCAAGAGAUGAAGAACGAAGUGGCUGAAAGCAUGAAGCGAGAACGUUUAAUCUUUCAGGAAAUGAGGGAAAUCCGCGAACAGGAGGACAGAGAGGCAGAGGCAAAGAAGCGUUUCGAGGACGAGCUGUAUUUGAAGGAGAUCGAUGAGAGGGCAGAGAAGGUUCAGAGGCUUCGUGACGAGCGGUUGCAGGAAAGGGAACGUACAAUGGCCGAGAUUGCUAAUAUACUGAUAAACAUAGAGACCAGGAACAGGGCGAGAGAGGAGAUGAUAGCCGAUUUAAUAAUCGAAGACAUAAAGAGCGAGUUGCUGAUCAGCGAGGAGGAAGAGGAUACGGCGAGGAAGAGGAUGAAGGAGCAGCUGGCGGCUGAUUUGAAAGAGCAAAUUGUUUUCACGGAAGAGUGUAAACUGCGCUUUGUCGAGCAAGAUAGGGCGUUCGCAGAAGGAAUUAUGAGAAAGAUUACAGAGGACGAGAAAACUGCCAGACUCACCGCCGAGGCUAGACGCAGAAUGCGAGUGCAGUAUCGCGAGGAUCUGGCUCGCUUGAUCGAAACACGCCGUAAGAUUCGAGAGGAGGAAAUUCUCAGCAUGGAGCUCGCUGCUAAAGAAGAAAAUGGACGAGAAAAGGUUAAGCUAGACCGUAUUAAAGAAGAUAGGAAACGAUUGUUGGGGGAGCAUGUGCCGAACGUUGCUGGUUUUGUCGAUAUAAAUUCUCUCUCCGAGGAGGAGCGACAAAUUGUCCAACAGUUUAAAUAAUUUCACCGUCCUUCCAUUUUUAAUUAGUCUACCGAAACUGUCAGAGAGACACG